UAUAUGAGAGAUAUUUCCCACCAUUAAUCUCCUAAAAGUUUUCUCAAUUAUAUAACUUCAAACUCCACAAAGCUAGACUUCAUUAAAUGCCCUUUUAUGCCUUGAGAAGAAGUAUAGCUGAGUAAACUUUGAAGUUGUGAGGUUGAAAACUCUCUAGGCUACCAAGCCAAACAUACAUUUGUACAAACUUCCCAACUGGGUCCUUGGAUUCAACACGAGCUACAAUCACGAGCCGCUUUCGACAAAGUUUUGUCUUCAGAAUCUGUUCAUUGAGAUUGCUUGCGAUCAAUCUUUCAGAGGCACAGUGUCAGAAGCAUUUCUGUUCAAGCGAUCGAAAUCUUAUGGUGGAAUAUAUUAUUGUGGCUCAAGGCAGUUAUUAGAAGGAUUACAGCGAAGAGACCUCAAGAUAUCUCAAGAUGGAGGACACAUCUGAAAUGGGUGUGGUUCAGGAUAACUUUGGUAGAAUCGGAGGUAAUUAUGCUCCUGAGAAUUCUCAUGUUCCCUCUCAAAACAACCUCAUUGGACUUACACCUCCUUCCUUUGAGCAGUACAAUGACCAGAACUCCCUUGGCUUCCAAGAUGAUUAUUCAUUAUGGGGCUCUUUUUCCAUGGAAGAGAAUAACCUCCAGGAUAACUCAUUGAACCAAUAUUCUCUUUGGAACGAAACUGGAAAUCUCGAUGAUCUUUACAAUAGCGGUCCAAAAUGUCCUGACAAUUAUGUCGAACCGCCAGUACACAAGAGAAGAAAGUUCAAUUCAGACUCAAUUACUAAGUCUUCACCUUUUGAGUCAGCUACUCAAGAAGUUGCUAGUCCAAUCACUGAGUCCCUAUCCGUUUUCUCUCAACAGGCCAUGCCCAUCCGAAAGACGACAGAAUCAACAUCACCGUCAAAUGCCCCUAGCGCCACAAGUGAAGUAUUCCAGCAAGCAAUUGGACAAGAAUCGAUUCUUUCCCAGGCACCUCCAUCUGGAUUGCAAAAUUCUUUUGACAAGGACGGCCCCACCACAUCUUCCAAUGGCCAUGCUACAGACAUCCAAACGGUACCGGCCACAAAUUCGGCUUCCUCUGCUAGCAAUUACAGUCACCUUUCGCAACCAAUCACAAGCACAAUUGUCACUGCACCAGAAAUUAUUCAAACCCCUUCCGCAACUCAUAUGCUAUCUAUUCCAGAAUCUCACCAAAUAGGUCCGCAGCAACCUUGUGGAGUUACUGGCGUUCCAUUAGGAUCCAUCUUUAUACCAAGCCCGCAAAAAUCACAAAUGCGAGCUGCAUCGGAUAGCUACAGUCAUCAAGUUUCACCAAAUCAGCCGCAUGCUCAGAGAAGACCAUUUACUGCAUUUCCUCCACAAAACCUUGGUUUCACGCCAUUUCGACGUUCGUUCAACCAACAAGCUACACCUGGCUCACGAGACUCAAUUCAAGCUUUACAACAAGCCACGGAGCAAGGCAGCAGACUUUUUCUACCAUCUAGGCCAACAAGCUCCGGUGGCGCUGCCCAGAAGAUCUUGCCACAAAGUUUAGAUAGGAGCUCUAUUCCACCUCAGCUUAGGGAAGUUAUGGAAAAGUUUGAAAACAAGAUUAGAAUGGACGCUGAUCUCAGAAACGCUUUUAACAUUGUUUUUCCCUCACGAAGUAUGGAAGUUGAGGAAUUGAAGCAAAAGAUCAUCAACGAAAGACUACAAGCGUCUCAAAGAGAAAACGCCUUGAAAAGCAUGCUCACUGAGCUUCAAGAUAAUGCCACCGCUCAAGAAGCCUUGCAAACCAGAGCAAUGGGUCUUCUUACACAACUCAGAGCAAAUCCUCAACACGACAGAUCGUGGGUGUGUAGGAAUUUCAACAAGGAGCAUGGUCAACCCUGUAAUAAUGUCCAGAAGGAAUUCUACCUGACCAAAAAAGUUUGGAAAAGACGCGAAAGAUGUUCUAAAUGCAAAGCUAAGGUUCAUGAGCUGAAUCGACAAUAUCUUAAUGAUGAUACAGCCGUUGCAUCAUGGAACUUUGAACAACUUGGUCCUUUCGGUGCUCCUUUCCCGGCCCCGCCGGAAUUUCAGCGUCCUGGGCCUAUGGAUCAUACCGUGAAUAACGUCAACCAGACAGAAAAAACUUCAACCGUCUGGGUUGAUUCUGUCCGUCGUCAGUCGCUGCCUACUCUCCCUGUUGAUGAUGAAGAUGUUCAACAAAAUACGGAAUCCAGAUGGGCUUCAUUACCACCACCUACCAAGAAGACUCGAGAUCACACACCAUUGAACUAUUCGAAGGCAACCCAAAAUGCCUUGAGAGCGGCACUUGGAACACAACCCAAGGCAUGGAUGCAACCACCAAAGCAUAUUGAGACGAUCGUUUUGGAUGAUGAAAGUGAUCAUGAUGAAGAGAAAGGUCAAUCACAAGAAAGUUUCAAUGAGACACCAGCAGCUGAGCAAGAGACUGGGGUUGAAAACACUGUGGAUGCUGAUUUCGAGGCUGAUUUCGAUGCCGAGUUUGAAGCAGAAUUGGAGGCUGACCUCACUACUGCUCUCGAGACAGAAAUUGCAUAGCGAUUACGGAAUACUUGAUUUACAUUAGUAAUGCUCAUUGGACCUGCAAUUUAUACUUAUGGGCAUGGUCUUCAUCUAGUUGUUUGACAGCGUCGGGUCAGCACGUUUGAUUUUGAAGCCAUCCACGAACCAGCUUUGUCACUUCACCUUACUUGAGUCUUGAAAUCAAGAUGCACGACGAAGAGGAGCCUUUGGCCAUUAUAGGUCAUCAGCUUUAUGUCACUUCUUCUGACGAAUCCUUUCGCGAAAAGAAUCAGAUUAGAGGCUGUGUCUUCUUCUAAUUGAGCCUGAGCUAUUCUAUGGUGUGUUUAGGGAGGAAUCAUGGCGAUAAUUUUGGCCUUUGUUUCGUCAUUCUUGUAUUUUUCUUUUGCCAUCCACCAAUGUAUUAAAAAGGCGCGAGGUCCAUUAGAGGAGAAUAGCUCUUCUUUUGAGGGGAGAUCCCAUGCUAUUACUUAAGUUUUCCUUCAGUGCACAUAAUUUCAUUAUAUCAUGGAAGAUGCACUACGUUAUAAUACCAUUAUAGAUAUGGAAAGUACUUUGAAGCUGCUUAUUGCACAGCGCGUGGGUGAACAACAUAUAGGUUGUGCAAAUGGCUUGUGUUUGAGCUUUGAUUUGAGUUUCGUGCUUGAAUUUGAGGGAUACGGUCAAAUACCUGGAGAAGGGAAUCAAAACAGAUAGGAGAAUAAUGACAAAUACUUAU